AUGGGUAGCAUUGCAGAGGACGCGAGUUUGGCAGGCGUGGUUGCUGCCUUGACGCAGCUCGCGGAGGACCACCCCUACCUCAAGCCAACGGGAACUGAGUUUGCUCCUCAUCCGCUUCUUUACUGGGUGAGGCGUUGCAGAGAGUUUGCGCUUGCGAAGAAGACCGAGGAAGCACAAAGUUGCUUGGACCGUAUCAACAGCAGCUUGGAGUACGAGAUCGCGCAGAUCCGCGACUCCUUCCGACGCUUUGACCAUGACGGGUCGGGGCACUUGGACACGCAAGAGUUCAAGUUUAUGUGCGCAUACAUUGGCUGGGGAGAGGAGGAGGCCAGUGUGAUGGAUGUCGAUCACGACAGCAAAGUCACCCUGGCUGAGUUCCAGCAGUUUGUGGGCCACAUGGGUGGCCUACAGCAGCUCUUCCAACAGCGCCGUCAGCGCGUGGCCCGGAAGCAGUGGGGCGUGGAAGCUCCCGCCAUCAUCCAGGUUGGUGCCCGCGUCCAGGCAUACCACCACACCGAGGAUGGCAAGAAGUCGGCCAACCUCCGUGAGGCCCAAGUGCUGGAGCUCAAUGUGAUGCCCAGCAACGGGGCCGCCCAGCUGCGGGCUAAUGGGUCAGGUGGCUCGGAUGCCAUUAUGCCUGUCAUGAGAGCAGCUGGCUCGUAUUUGGAUUUGGAGAAGGCCCAGAUGCACGCCAAGAACGGUGACGUAGUCGCAGCUCUGCGCGAAGUUGGUAUCCUCGAGGAGCAGCAGGGCUUUUGGGCGUCCAUUUUCCCCGAGUCGGAGAUGCGCGCAGUGCAGCGCCUGACAUCGUGCCAGCGCGCGGCCCUGGCAAAUGUGAGAGCCAAUGCGGCGCUGAACCACGAAAAGGCGCUGCCAGACGUGCGAGACCGCUUUGCGAGGCUGGGCUACACUGAAGCCGAACUGCAGAGCGUUCUGGGCUGGAUCCAGGAUUUGGCGCCUAUGUGCGUCCACAUCCACAUCGGUACUGUUGGGCGGUUCCUGGAGACUGAUGAGUACUACCGCAGCCAAUUCGAGACUGGCACGUCCUGCGGCGCUCUGGACGACAAGAACCAGAUUCGCAAAGACUGGGAAACCGAGCUUUUCGGCGGUGCCUACGAUGAAGCCAAGCCCUUCGAACGCUGCAAGUACGGAGCCCUGGGGGUGAUGAACGACUAUCGGGGUAUCACUUCGGCCUACCAGUACGGAGAUUCCUACCUUGUCCUGAAAGACGUCCGCCUGCGCGCUACCUUCGCCGCCACGGAUUCGGGCGGCAUAGCUGGCUCCAGGCUUGCGGUGCUGGACAAGUAUGCACACGUCUUGAAGGAGUACAACGAUAACGAGCUCCAUCGACUGAUUGAGGUGGCCAUGGCGAACACAUCUUUGGAGGAUGUGCCCCGAAUUCAGCCGCAGUUGUUGCGUGGCCUCACCGCCGAUACCACCAACGACUGGGUUACCAUGGGCUUCCCAGAUCUACCCCAGAAGAAAGGAAGAUACUAUGUGGAGGUGGAGCUCAUCCGCGGAUGCCAGUCCCCCCAGGUUGGCCUAUUAAGCAGCCGCUUCGAACUUGCCCCGCGCACGAAGGGUCAGCACCUGUAUGGCGUGGGCGACGACCAGCAUGGUUGGGGCGUGGAUGGGCAGCAUUCCAUCCUGUGGCAUGGCGGAAAUAAGUUGGCUUGGAGCAGGUCUUGGAAAUCCUCGGGACGUGAGCUGGCUCAGAACGUGGUGGUCGGUCUUGCAGUGGACAUUGACGCCGGCAAGAUCUGGUUCGCCAGCGAUGGAGAGUGGGAUCAGGAGGACAGUCCCAGCUUUGGGCCCAACCUUCUCCCAAAGGGCUCCAUGCUCUAUCCCGCGAUUUCUUUCAAGGGUCGCGCGCAGUUCCACUUCGGCCCGGAGUUCAAGCAUCCCGCACCUACCUUCAAGGGCAAGCCUUUCGUACAAUGGCCAGGGAUGCCAGAUGGUACUGUCCAUGCAGACUGUCCCAUCAUCGGGAACUCCAACAAUGUCAACAUCUACAAAGAGAUCCAGCUCCACGGCGAAGUCAACCUGAAGCGCAACGUACAGCGGCUUGUGGCCAACCGGAAGCACUUGGAGGUUUCCAAGAGCGACCGAUCUUGGGCAGUCCGAGUUGAUGGAAUGGACGAUGCGGAUGGUAGCUACACAAGGAGUGGGGCCCGCCACGGCAAAGCCAUGUACAAGCAGCAAGGGGGUCGCUACGAGAUAUCUUUCGACAAGGCUUCGUCACAUUGGCGGCUCACUUCUGACGCCAGUCAAGAGGAUAAGUGGAUCGCACAAGCUCCGGGAGAAGACUCCUUCGAGCCACCGCGCUAUGGUUGGCUGGUUCCACGCGAGCGGCAAGGGCGCACGCCCGUGAAGCUCUUCCGUUCCGUAAUGGCCAAGCUGGGUCUCAAUGGUGAGAGCCAGGACCAGCUUGUCAAGCUCCUGGCCGAGAAGUCGGCCGACAGCGGCGAGGAGGAAGUCUUCCGAGUGGGCGAGAGUACGAACUUCAUGGAUGAGUGGACGAAGCUCCAAACAGAGAACAAGGUCCAUGUGACUUCAGAGGAAGCUUGGUCUCUCUGCUUGCAGACUGCGCACGACGAAGUUCUGAAAGGAAAGUCUCUUCAGCAUGCGGUGAUUGUGGAAACAUCCACGCAUCCUUAUCCCGCAAAGUCCCACACGUGGACUCAGGACGUCCACAUGCCCUCCGCCAGCAAGCUUCGCGUGAACUUUUCUUCGCGCUGCUGCACCACGGAUGAUUGCUCCACGCUGCAGGUGUUGGCAGGUGGGCUCAGCAAGAGUGCCGCUGGCGUGGGAGCUCGAGCUCACUUGAAGGCGAUCACCGGUCCGGAUCAGGUCCAUGGAACUUUGGCGGGCCAAAAGGAGGGUGGCAAAUGGAUUGUCAACAUUGAUAAGGAUGAGUCGGAGAUUUGCGGCUGCUUCCGUGAGUGGCUAGAUGAGAGCCCUGGUCGCAGCUGCACUGCCGUUUGUGCGCAGGAGGCCGCCAUCCUGAAAAUCAAGUAUGGCAGCGGCACGAAGGUUGGAGAUGAGAUUGCAGGCUUUACCUUCAACGAGGCCUCCCCUAUGACGCCUUUCAGCGUGGAGGGCUUCUCCAAGCCAGGUGGGCCCGCGCAGCUGAAGGGGGUGUUUGCCGGCUGGUUUGUUGACGUGAUGGCGCUGAUCAAGCUGAAGAAGUUCAAAUCCCUGGAGGGAGAGGGCUUCGGCGAUCCCCCUAAGAAUCUCGCGGAGAUCGCCGCGAACAUUGAGGGCUUCAAGAAGCGCAUGGAAGCUCUCCGCGAGGUUUCGGACAUAAACAUUACCUUCUACAAUGGCCUCGACUUCCAGCUUCUUCCUGUCUGCGCCGCUGACUACAAGGGCGCGAAGGUGAGCGAUGAGAUCAACAGUUUCAGCUCAAGCGGUGGCGUCCUGAGCAUCGGCAGCUUCGGUAACAAAGGGCCAGCUCAGAAUGCCGGAGUGCGACAAGGGUGGCAUGUGAGCCUCUAUGAGACCUUCAACCUAGAGGAGAACAAGGACAAGCUCGGAGAUCUCACCCCGCAACAGGUCCUGGAAAAUCCAGAGCAAUUACGCGAGCUCUCCGAUGUCACGCUUAUGCUGGAGCCUGCGAACGCAGAGCCUGAGGAGCUUUUCCUUGGAUGUGGAGAUGAUGACUGGACUUCGCUGGUCGUGCCCAUCAACAACGCGCAGUUCGUGUUCUCAACCGAUGGAGAUGGAAGCGAUGAUCCGGAACUGCGGUGGGGCGUGUUUGCAGUUGUCACGUCAGCUGAUGAUCCGGAGCCCUCUGCAACGCAGAUCGAGGAGUUGAUGGAAGCCUAUACUUCCGCUUCGGCACGGAUCAUUGGGAGCAACCUAGCGCAGGUCUCCAUCGAACCUGAGGACUGGGAUGAAGCCCGCCUCAAGGCGUUAUGUGCCCGCCAUGGGUGGGAGUUCGAGUGGAUGACGGAGGAUGGUGAGAGAAGGCGGCGCAUAGAAGGUGCAGAGAGAGCCAGGCAAGCUGUAGCCGUUCCCGAAAAGACCGGCCAGGCGGAGAAGUCCCCAGCGUGGUGGCGCUUGGAUCAGUCAGUGGCCCGGGCCUUCUCCUUCAACGAGCAGCGCCAGCUGAAGCGCAAGAUCCAACCUCCACCGCAGAUAAAAUCCAAGAAUGGAUGA